UGCCUCCACGGCGGGGAGAGAGAGAGAGAGAGAGGGAGUGCUGGGAGGCAGGCUUGGCUGUGCUCGGUCCCGUUGGGACAAUAAUGGACUAGGAAGCUAGUCAGAAAGAGAGCUUCCGUCCCCAGGACAAGCGUCGGAGAUUCGCCACUUGGUUGUUGUUUUUCAGCCUUAAGAGGGGGGAAAAGUAGCCUGCUUGCUUAUCCUGGUUGUUGAAGAUGUCUGGAGGGAAUACCCGAAGGAGAACUGGUUCCCCCUGGCACAGCAAUUUAUCUCGCCUUUUUACGAGAAGUUCUUCCAAGGAACAGGAAGACCAGAGCAAAGUAGCCCCUGAACUGCACUGCACACGAAGUGUUGAAAUUAAGGAAGAUGAAUCUACGGAUGUGAUUUCUCCAAGAAAAGAAAGCAGUCCUCUUCCAGAAUUAUUAAAGGUUUCAGUCUGUAAAAAUACAGAUUUCUGUACAGAAGGCUUGAAUAGAUCUACCACUCAAGAGGAAUUAAAGAAAGCAAAAAGUCUUCCUAGUUUGAUUCAUGAAAGCAAGGCAAACAAUAACAAUAAACGGUCUAAAGAAGGAUUUUUGCAAUAUCUUGGGAGUUUAUUUGGUAUUUCUUCUAAAACAUCAUACAAAGAAAAAGAGCCUUCUAAUUUUGAAGAUGGACAUUGCAAAACUAAAAAAGGCUUUUCAGAUCAAGAUAGCCAUCAAGACAAAGGACAUACUGAGCAUCUCAAAUCAAAUAUACUUGUCAUUUCAAAUUUUGGAACUGAACAGAAAAUAUCAAGCAAAGAUGAAGACAGUAAUUUAAGAAUUAAAUCUAGUCCACAACAUUUACAGGAACCUCAGGAUCAAUCUGCUGAAACAGCCAAAAAAACAGAAAGUGAACUCCCAGCACAUUCAAUUACUUAUGCAACCUACCGAGGUUCUGCAAGAAUUAAGGAGUUGCUUAAGAAACAAGCAGACUUGGAACAAGAAACAGUAACCAGAACCAGUAUUAGCAACUGUCUUGUGGAAAGCAAAAAAGAGGAAAUCAUAAAUACUUUAAGCUCAGAAACUACAAAAGAACCAGACUCAUUACUGCAGAAUGGAAAAUCUGAAACUAAAGAUGACAAACAAAAUUCACAAGAAAACAAGCUUUUAUCUAAAAUGAAUCAGAAGGAAGAUGUUCAGGGUGAUUGUGAGCACAAUGAAGUAAAGAACAAAAUUACCACUUUGAGAGAAAUUAAAACCAUCAAAAACUGCAUUGAAGAACUUGAGUCUGUAAAAUGUGUAUCACUUUCAGACAAAACCGAAAUUAAUAGGAAACUUUUGUUAGAGCCACCAGCAUUGCUGCCAAAUCAGGUCAGUUUUAGCUACCAAAAUAUAGAUUCUGCAAGAAUCAAUUCAGAAAACAGUAGAUUAGAUGAAAAGAGAAAAGCAUUAAAAGAAAUACACAUGCAGCCACAGUCAAACAAUGCUACCACUGUUUGUUCUAAAAAAGAAACACAAUUAUCUGUUUUUUCUAACACAGAAACAAAAGAGGCAAUACAAAAUGAGUUUUCAUCUUACCCCAAAGUAGAGUCAACUAAUAAUGAUCAUCAAUUGUUAGAAGAUAAAUAUUCUUGGACUGAGGAUCAGUUCAGAUUAGAAUCAGUUAAUCCAUCAUUGUACAUGAAUAACUAUAACUGUGGUGAUCAAGUAAAUAAUGGAACAAACAGUAAUAAAGAUUUAAAUACAGAUAUGACGACUGAAAAUCAUUCUCAAUUGCUUCUCCAUAAACCAGCAGUUACAGAAGAAUUGCCAUUAGUUUUCAAAUCAGAAAUGUCAGCCCUUUCCACAGAAAAUGGGUCUGCCUUGCACUUAUGCAGCAAGAGUGGCCUAGGGAAUAAAAAAACCACUGAGCCAUUAUUACUUAGAGAUCUACAAAAUAAUUCUAGGAUCUCCAUAAUGGCUAGCAAAGUAAUUGAGGAGAAUGUUGGAAUACCUAUUGUGGAACUUGACGCAGUUUUCUCUAAUGGUCCAGAGGAAAAUAAGGCCAACAUUUCUUUGUUAAAUACUGAAUAUACGCAUGUCGACUCCUUCAAAACAGAUGCAGAUAAUGUCCCUCAAAAUCUUGAAGCUGAAAAUGACUGUCAUCCUGCCAAGAGAGAUGAGAAUAAAACUCUGAUCCAACCGUUAACCAGCUUAAAUAUUUGUUCAUCUCCUCUUGAGAAACAAAAUAAGCUCUUUGAACUGGAAAACACAAGGCAUGUAAAGGACAUAGAUAUGUCAUCUCUUAAAACUAUAAAAAAUGAUGCAAUUAAAACUCCAAUUAUUUCUGAGAAAAGCAAUUCAAUGCUCAGAAGCAUAAGAAAUCAUGUCAGGCCUCCUGAAAAUAAAGAACUCUCUUGUCUGUCUAUUAUUUCUUCUGAAAAUGAGUGCUUGGCCCAUAGUUCUCUACCUGUGAAACCUGAAAAAAUUAACUCACCACCAGAUAAUUCUUGUUCUCUCUUACCUGCUUUGAUCCAUAAUGCUAAUAUCUUUGAAGAUAACAUUCAUUUGGAUACUAUGGCUAAAUCUGCAUCUCAUUCCAAAGAUCAGAAUUUUUUGAAGGAUUCAUGUUUUUUGCCUGAUGAACAGGAACAUGUGUUGCCGUCUGCAAGAGUCACCACUGCAAUAAAUUCUGCAGAGACAGACGUUAGUGAAAUAUGCUACUCUGAUUCUGUGUCUGAAAAUUCUAAAGCUGUCUUAAAGUCACAUUUGUUUCCGGAAUUUGGAAAUAACUUUAAAUCCCAUAUUAUCCCUGAUACUAAUGACAGAGAUAACACUGGAAAAAAGAUUUUGCCACAUUCAAAUGAAACAAAAUAUUUGACUAGUUCUUCUUCAAUGGAUUCUGAAUCCAUUCCUAUAAGAGAGACCUUUCCUGAUUUUACAUCUGACAAUGUACAUGCAUCUAAAUCUGCUAUUCCUACAAGUUCUUUUAAAGAUACCUCAGACCUUCAUUCUCCUGCCUGUGAAACAAUAGAGGCUAUUUUGGACAAAAUCAAUUCUCUUCCUAUAAAUUCUGAAAAAUAUACUUUAAAAUUGUCAUCUAAAGAUAAAUUAAGUAGUGUAUCUUCUGAAUCAAUAUCAGAUGUUACUUAUUCACCUCCAUUAAUGGCCUCAGUUACCUAUUAUGUGGAAACUAAAGAUUCUUCAAAGAUAGCAUCAGAAAUGCCUCUUAAUACCCAGCAGAGCAGAGAAAUUCAUACAACUCCCUCAGGGCAGAAUUCUCAUUUCCUUGUGGCUACGCCUUCAAAAAUUGCUACUGGAAUGGAUAAACAAGCAAUUACUGCUUUAUUUCCUAAAUCAAGCAACCAGUUUUUUAAGGAACCAUUGAAAAAUGUUGAAACAGGAAAGCAACUGCAAAUUAAAUCUCAAAACUUAACACUUUUGUUUAAAAAGGCUGAUGAAAUAGUAGAUGAAGUUCUUCAUUUAGCAAUAGAAGAAAUUAGAUCAAAACAAACAGCUUCCACCUGUCAAAAUAAUGACACUACGUAUAAUGAAAGUCCCAGUUUUCAAAAAGAUGAUACAAUUAGAAGAAUGCUGUCAGAAUCUAAAAAAAUACAGUCAGGGAACUCUUCAUUAAAGCCCUGUAAUGUGAAUUAUAUCACAAAGUUCUCUGGACUUAAAUUUGACAAUGAUACUCAGAAUGAAAAGGAACCAUUGAAUAUCACUGAUAAAACUGAUUUACACAAUUCAGUAUUAGUAAAACCAAAAGAAAUAACUGACAAUGUUAUUAAAACAGCCAAACAAAAUCCAGCAGUUGUGCCAUAUGAGGAACAUUUAAGUAAGGAUUUUUCCCAAAAUACAAAUAUUAUGUGUUACACUGAAGCAUCAGAGAUACCUAUAACUGAUGCAGAAUUACCAAUUAAGCUUCCUGAAAUAAUUGAAAUACCAUUAAGCCUAAGUCCAGUAUCCCCAGUUGAAGAGCAGAAGAUAACUGUUGAGGAUGUAACAAAUGUCUUGGUUCCUUUUAACUUCAAAGAAGAGAGUAAAGAGGUUUCUGGAGAAAUUAUACCAAAGAAUGUAUGUUCAAGCCAAACAGUUUGUGAAGAAUGGUAUGAUGACAUAACUAAACUAAAUUCUUGUCGUGACAAAAUGAAUAAUGCCAAAUACAAUAACAAUGAUGAUUGUGCAACAAAUAGGGCAAUUGUUGGUGAUAUGACUAGUAGCUGGACAUGUGAGAAUCAGUGUAAUUUAGUAAAAGGAGAAGCUGUUAUGACCUAUAAGCAAUUGUCAGCAUGCUCAGUUUUAACAAGAAACGUGCUACCCUUUAGCUCAAACAUUAAUGCAGACGGUAGCUUUUCUGAUAAAUAUCAAGAUGAAUUUACUUAUUUAUGUUCACCUGGACAUAAUGUAGAGAAUGAUUUCCAAAAAAAUGAGAUAAGAAAAAGCAAAGCUAUUACUGCUGAAGGAAAGGAACCACAUGAAAAAUAUUAUGAAAUAAAUAGUGAAUGGGGCAGUAGCAAAAUGGGAAACGAAGAUAUAAUACAACAAGAUACUAAGUUCAAUGCCCUUUUUAGUAUAUCUGAAUCAUUUCUGUUGAACAACUCAUCAGACAUUGGUUUUGUCCUUGGAGAAGCAGUAAAGGAACCAUGUUUAAUAGCAGAUAAUGUACUUAAGGAAUAUUAUCUGGAUGUUGACAGUGAAAAUGAAAACAAAUCCCCAAAUUGUUUUGCCUUUCCUACACCAGAACAUUGGGAACACAAUUCUUCCUUUAAUAUUUUGAAUGAAGAUAGUCUUCAAGAUGAAAAUUAUUCAUUUUCAGGAGAAGAAAUAAUGAAUACCUUAUCUUAUCCUGAUUUAUCCUUAGAUGACACUCAUAAGAUGUAUGAAACGUCCAGAUUCAAAGAGGACCUCUUUCCUUCUUAUGAUGAAAGCAAGCAGUUGAAUGAGAUGCUGGGUGAUACUUGUUCAGAAUCUUUCAUGACUGUGGAAGCAAAGCGAUAUAGGAUUUACCCCUUUUCUUUGUCUCCUAUAUAUGAAGAUGAUGGUUCCCAAGAGGACUUGCCUUCUACUGAUAUUUCACCAAGAAAUCACUAUAGUGGAUCACCAAGAGAAAACCAAUCUUUAUCUAUCUUAUCACUUUUGCAAUCAGUAUCUGAAAAGUUGAAGUCUAGUAAUCGUUGUAAUGAAAAUGAACAAGAAGACAAACUUUAUGAAGGAAAAAAUCAAGAGGAAGAAAAAGAAACCUCUAUUUCCAAUAUUUGGCAAGACAAUAAAAAUACUGAAUUCCCAAAAGACUUUUCUAAACAACUUAUUUCUAAGGAAGUACUUCAUUCAGAAGAGACCUCAGCUUUGAGUUCAACGUUUGCAGUUCAUUUUAUUCAAAAAUCUGACCCUAGCAUGAAGCCUUUUUUAAAGGAUACAUAUUCUGAAAAUCUGCCUGACUUAAGUUAUUUAGUUGAAAAAGGAAGUACGCUUGGAAGCAGGAUCUUGCCAGCUGAUCUUCCAUCUAAAACUACAAAGCUGCUGAAAUUGGUAACCUGUCAAAAGUGUCCUGUUGAUAGGAACAUACUCAAGUGCAAUCCAAGACCAGGAAAAAUGAUUAUUUGUGAUUUUCAUGGGAACACAAAUAAACUAGAAAUUUAUCGUGAUGUGAUAGAUGCUACCAUCUGGGUGUUUUCAAGAGAAGCAUCAAUCAGAGUUGUUAGAGGAUGCUGGAUUUUAUAUGAGAAACCAACAUUUCAAGGUCAGAAAUAUGUUCUAGAAGAAGGAGAAAGGAUGCUGACUGACAUCUUGAAUCUUCACAGAGAGAAAGCUCAAGGAAAUUUCACAAUUGGUUCCAUCAGACAUAUAAUGAAGGAUUGUAGUAUUGCUGAAAUUGAACUUUACUCACACAAUAGUACAAGUCAUUUUCCAAUCUGCAUUCAGGCUGGCAUAGCUAAUUUAGAUGAGUUGGAAGUUGAAAAUCCGAUCAUCUCUGUGAAAGCAGGAGUAUGGCUUGCUUAUUCAGAUACUGAUUACAAAGGAGAAAGAACAGUAUUAGAAGAAAAUCAAGGCACAUGUAAACUUUCAGCCACUGCUGUAAAAUCUUUUCGACCAUUGAAAAUGGGUGGCCUAAAGGUGCAGAUGCCUAUGAAUACUAUGAUGAUAAUAUAUGAAAGUCCACACUUUGGAGGAUGGUGUAAAAAACUGUCUGAGAAUACUGAUUGCAUUCCAAUACUUUUUGAAGAUUCUGAUACUUUCCAGGGAAUUGGAUCAAUACGUGUCAUUGGUGGAAUAUGGGUUGCUUACGACAAGGAACGAUAUAAAGGCCAGCAAUAUUUGUUAGAGGAGGGAGAAUAUGAACAUUGGCAAUCAUGGGGUGGAGUCAGCAAUGUUUUGCUCUCGGUUAGAUUUUUGCAAGCCAAUUUUAUGGAAUCCAAAGUAACACUUUUCGAAACUGAUGAGGAAAAUGGGAAAGUAUUGGAUGCUGUAAAUCAAGAAAUUCCUGAUUUGGAAUGGGCAGGAUUUGGCCUAGUGACAAGAUCAGUUAAUGUGAAAAGUGGAGUGUGGGUUGCUUAUCAACAGAAGUAUUUCUGUGGAGAACAAUACAUAUUGGAGAAAGGAAAAUAUAAGUGUUUUUUGGACUGGGGUGGCACUAGUGAAACUAUUAUGUCAAUUCGCCCCAUUAAAUUGGAACCAUUGGGAGAUCAUCAACCCAUACACUGGAUCAAAGCUUUUGAUAAUAUACACUUCCAGGGAUCAUGCAUUGAUUUUACAACAGAAGCUGCUGAUUUUACAUCAUUCAUACCACUCUCAUUUAAAGUUUUACGGGGAUGUUGGUUGCUUUAUUAUCAGGGAGAAACUGCUGUUGAACAGUGUGUGCUAGAAGAAGACCUCUAUCCUGACCUUGCUUCCUGUGGGUGUUCAGCAACUAAAGUCAAGUCCCUUAAGCCUGUUCAUCAUGUUUUUGCUGAGCCAAUGAUCAGCCUUUUUGCACUAGAGAAUUGUGAAGGCAAAGAGCUGCACUUGCAAGAAGCUACCAGUUCAAUUCUGAAUAAAGAUUUUCACUUUCUUACUCAGUCAAUAUGGGUAAAAAGUGGCAUAUGGAUUGCUUAUGAAGGCUGCAAUUUCUUGGGGAAACAGUUUCUUCUUGAAUCAAGCAAGAUUUCAAACUGGACACAGUUUAGUGGAUGGACAGCAAUUGGCUCUCUUCGUCCCAUAAAGCAGCCAGCCGUGUAUUUCAGAAUAAAGAACAGAUCCCAAGAAAAGUACUUGACAGUUGCUGGCACUUUAAUGGAUGGAAGAGCUACAUCAGUAUGUUUGUUCCCACAAAAUGGCAAGAAUACUCAGAUCUGGCAUUACAGUCGUGGCCUCAUCAAGUCCAAGGUCAAUGAUGCUUGCCUUGAUGUCAUUGGAGGCAGGGACAUACCUGGAGCAAAAGUUGCCCUGUGGGCAGAACAUGGAAAACCAAGACAGAAAUGGACAUGCAAUAAGGAUGGAACCAUCACAUCUUAUCUCAGCGACCAGCUUGUUCUUGAUAUCAAAGGAGGAGAUUACUAUGACAGAAACCAUAUUAUUGUAAAUCAACUUAACAUCAGUGAAUGUACACAGAAAUGGAACUUUGAAAUACUGUGAACGGAUGUUCCCAAGAUAAACCUGUUUGAAAAUAUGUAUUAAAUUGUCUGAAAAUACUUGAACUACUGAAGAGACAUAGUGUUGGUUUAUGAUAAAGAUCUGCCCAAGACUGCCAAACGAAGAAUAAAAAACAGCUUCUUUAAAGUUAACCAAAAACUUAAUUUUUUACUUUCAAGUAUUGUUAUUCAUAAAAUAUUGCAGGAUAAUUUAUGCCAAAUGUUCUUAACAAUUUUGGAUUGCUGGUAACAAAAAUUUAAAAUACAAUUUUGUACAGAUUAUUCUUUCACAGAACUGAUGCAUUGAAAUAUUCAAAAUUUAUACUACACUUUGAUACAGUAACUCUAAAUUGAUUAAGAGAAUGGCUGAAAUUAUUUGUCAAUCCUGUUUGUAUUCUAAUGUAAUAAAUUAUGUAUAAUUCUAAUUAAAACAGUUACAAACAUGUUAGAAAUAACAAAAGUUUUAAAAAAGUGAUCUGUAAUUGAUCUCGUCAUUUAUUUUUUACAAAUAGCCAAAAUGGGCUAAGGGAUGAUAUGUUAUUAAUUCUUUGCCUAGUAUUUUCCCAAAUUAUGUCAAACUUACACAAGCAAAGCCCUUAUUUUCGUGGUGUGGAUUCAAAAUUCCACAGUGUCGUAGAGCAAGAGAUUAUAAAAUACCUAUUCCUCCUAGGACUGCUCCUUCUGGAAAACUGAUUAAGGCCUUACAGUUGCUUUCAAACAAACAAACAAACAAGUCGGGAAAUAGAGGUCUUAUCUGAUGUGUCUUUGGCCCUAAUGGUUUCUCCUUGGACAACUGUUAUUGCUUAAAUUUAGCAAUUUGAAUUGGUAAAUCUUGUCAUUAACUUCAUAAAGCACUAUCACAGCAGGAAAUUUACCAUAUUGUUUACCUAUAAACUAAGAAAACAUAUACAACCAUUUAUACAAUACACAUUUGUACUAUUUGUACAACUUAUAUCUAUGCAGGAUUUUUUUAAAAAAAUAUCUUCCUUUAUAUAUGAGCUUCAAAAUAUCCAGUAUCCAGUAUCUAGUAAAAGAAACCUAGUCAAAAUGGAAUUCAGAUUAGGAUUUUACUUUUUUCACCCUCGUAUUUUCUAUCCAUUUCAUUUCCAAUAGUAUUGUUUCACACAAUUUGAGUGUGAUUUCAUUUAGUUUCUAGUAUUAUAGUAAAAAAUGUUUCUUGUAGUUUUUAGGCCCAGUUCAAAUAAAAUACUGAAAUAUCCAAAUAUUCAUUGAUAUUCAAGCCCAAUCAUAGGCAGUGGUUGCAACUUGUUGAUUUUCGUUAAUAGAACAUCCAUGGAUCUCUACCUCCUAACCAGAUGUUAUUUUGCCACAGAUGUUGUAAAAUAAAUCACUUAUUUACUUCUUGCAUUUCUGCUAUGUAACCAAGGUAUUGAUAUUUUAAUCUAAAGCACUUAUUUAAUAGAUGGAUUUUAUGUAUACUACAAACAAGCAAUAUAUAUAUUUGAUAACACACCUUUUAAAUAAAUCGUUUUCAGCUCGUUAUCCUUACUCCAUUUCUGAUAAAGACCAUCUGAUUCAUCAAUGUUGUAGCUACAGCUCCAAUCUGCUUUCUUGAAACUCAUAUUACUACUAAACAUAAUUCUAAGAAAGUAAGACCAGAUAAAUUGCCAAUUAUUUCUACAAGAGAAUGUAGCUUAUGGAAACACUGUAUGUAAUUAGUUUUUUUCUGGGUAUGUUGAGCCUUACAAUGAAGUGGUAUCUAUUCAACGGAUUUAUCAUAAAAUUAGCUUUGAAAGAAGCCUAACAUAGUACAUCUUUAAGAUACAGCCCAGUCUUAGUCUAGUUCAGGGGUGUCAAACUCAAUUUCAUUGAGAGCCACAUCAGGGUUGUUUGACCUCGGACGGCCACAGUGGGUGUGGUCAUGGUCAUGACACUGGACUCAUGGAGGGGGCACUUGUAGCCAAGUGCUAAGGCAGGACUUCCCUCAUUCAUUAUACAGGUAAUCCUCGAGUUACAAAUGUAAUAAGAGGUCUGCCAAUUACAUUUGUAACCCCGAGGAUUCGCUUGAUUGAAUCCUGUUAAAUGAACAUGAUCAUCCCUGCUUUCCCCAGUGCCUUGUUAAUCAAAUGCGCAGGUUAUUAAAUAGACAUGAGGUAUCUCAGAGCGGGGAAGAGCAUGGGGGACCUAGUGUUGGAGCAGACCAUCCAAGGCCACCGCCAAUCCACUGAGAUACUUCAUUCUACCCUGGGGUCCACACAAUUGCUUCCCCCUCAUCCUGCCCUGCCGGGUCGCCAGACUGGGCCUGCUUUGCUAGCGUCCAGUAUUCCACUUACUCUUCCUCAACCCAUUUCCCAUGACUUACUUUUUGAAGAUCUCAAGAGAAGGCUGACCCAUGGCAGAGAAGCCAGUGUUUUUAUUCAGAUGAUGGCAAAGCUGUAAGAACAUGGAAUCUAAGGUGGGGGGGGGGGAUUGCCUGCUUCUGAGAAAAGACUGGCUUUGGGCCAUGUGGUCAGCAGGCCUCUGGUAGUAGAAAAGUCAUGGGCAGGGCCACAGCAGCCUCAGAACAGCUUCAGGGAUUGAGACAGCAGCAGCAACCAAUCAACAAGGAGCUUGCUUCCCUUCUCUCAUCAGGCUGAAUUGCAAGCCCCUUGUUGAUUGACUGCCAUGCCCCAAUCCCUGAAGUUGCUCAUUCAAACUAGCUAGUCAUCAACAAGCAGGAGACUGCUCAUCACUGGCCAGACUGAGCCCAAACUAAGCCUCCAGGCCCUCAUGGCAGAGAAGGCGAUCUUUUAUUCAGAUGGGGAAAACUGUUUUUCUUACAUCUCACAUCCUUACAGCUUCAUGGGCUUCUGAAUAAAACACUUUGGCUUCCCUGCCAGGUGGGUCAGGCUCUUCUGGAGCUCUUUGAAAAGUAAGUACAGUAAAGCCCUGGGUAAUGGAGUGGGGAGUACGUGGAAUCCAUGAUGCUAGCAAAUCAGGCAGUCUGUGGAGCGGGCCAAAUGGAGCCUUGGAAGACCAGUUUUGACCCAUGGAGGCUCCAUUUCGGCCUGUAACAGGCCAAGGAAGGGCCGCAGAGGGCCAAACUGAGCCUCAGAGGGCUGCAUCCAACCCAUGUAGGCUCCAUUUCAACCAGCAACAGACUGGGGGAGGCCUUAGAGGCCCCCGCACCCCCAUUUAUCUGGCUGAGUGUUGCAGGAAGCUGUCUAGGCUAAAAACUACCUAGCAGAGGCACCAUGGGCCAGCCCUUUGCUAUUUCCAAGCCAGCUACGCAGGCUAGAUCUAAGCACCCCGCGGGCUGGAUCUUUGCUGCGGGCCUUGAGUCCGACACUCCUGGUCUAGUUGGAUUCUAGUGAAUAAAGGAUAGUUUCAACAUGGCAUUCUUUUCUGUUGAUUCUGGGGAACAGAUAAGCAACAAGGAAGAAGAACCAUCAUGCUUUUAAAAGGCAUUUGGGAACUGUUACAGGUUCAUGCUCUAUAUAAGUGAAUAAACCAUCCUACGGUUUUAUGAUGUUUUAUUUGCUAUUACUAUACUUCAAAGAGAAUGUUCUCAUUUUGUACUCUGCUAAAGUGAAAUAAUCCUUUAAAAUUAGCACAAAAGGUUUUUAUAGAAGAGCACUUCCUAUCUUUUUU